AUGUCCGUACCUGCUGAUGGUGCUGUGACCACCUCCCAGAUUCCAGCUCCGGAAAGAGACCCUGGAGAUUUGGAUGCCAUCCAAUCCGGAUCCCGAUGCGCUGUAAGUGAACAUUCAAGUGAUCGGUUGGAUCAGGAUUCACUUUCAGAUCAGUUUAGUGUAGAAUUUGGAGUUGAACCUCUCCACUCAGAAGAUUAUAGCAUUAGUGAAGAAGGACAAGAACUCUCAGAUGGAGAUGAUGAGGUAUAUCGAAAAUGCAUUUCAUGCAAUGAAAUAAAUCCUCCGCUUCCGUCACGUUGUGACAGAUGUCGGGCCCGUCGUGAGAACUGGCUUCCUGAAAAUAAAGGGAAAGACCAAGGGGAAAUCUCUGAGAAAGCCAAACUGGAAAACUCAACACAAGCUGAAGAGGGCUUUGAUGUUCCUUUGGACUUUGGACAUUUUGUACCUGACUGUAAAAAAACUACAGUGAAUGAGUCUAAAGAGUCAUGUGUUGAGAAAAAUGAUGAUAAAAUUACACAAGCCUCACAAUCACAAGAAAGUGAGGAUUAUUCUCAGCUGUCAAUUUCUAGUAGCAUUAUUUAUAGCAGCCAAGAAGAUGUGAAAGAGUUUGAAAGGGAAGAAACACUAGACAAAGAAGAAAGUACGGAAUCUAGUUUGCCCCUUAAUGCCAUUGAACCUUGUGUGAUUCAUCAAGGUCGACCUAAAAAUGGCUGCAUUGUCCAUGGCAAAACAGGACAUCUUAUGGCCUGCUUUACAUGUGAGAAGAAGCUAAAAAAAGGAAUAAACCUGGCCCAGCAUGUAGACAACCAACUCAAAUGA